GAUGGAGGAAGUUUCAAGUCCAGUUGGUACUACCUCUCUACUGAGAAGAAAUCCUGGACAGAGAGCAGGCAGGACUGUCUGGGACGAGGAGCACACCUGGUGAUCAUUAACAGCAAAGAGGAACAGGAAUUUAUCUAUGAAUGGAGUGGAUGCCUGGACACCUAUCUUGGUUUCCAUGACACUAACACAGAGGGGGUUUGGGAGUGGAUUAACGAUGGCGCAUUAGACCAAUCAUCAGCUCCUGUCACUACGUAUUGGAGGGAUGGGGAACCAAACGAUGCACAUACGGGUGAAGACUGCGCUCAUCUCUCAAAGAAGGUAUCAGACCCACUAAAGAGUUGGAACGACGUACCAUGCACAACGAAUAUCCACUGGAUGUGUGAGAAGACAACGUCCACAUUGUAACUAUGUGUUUAGAGUUUUGAAACAUGAGACAUUUUGAUGAUCUGUUUUAGAUUUUUGUAUUAAGCUCA